CUGGCGUGUCACGACAAAACUUCCGGUUUUACUUCCGGGUCCAAAAUAUUUUUAGAGUCCCAAAACAUUGUGUAAUCCGUGUAAAAUACUUCACUCGACGGCUUAAUAAUCCUUCGAAUCACCACUUUUCAACACCCAUUAUGUGCCAUUGAAACAACCUGGACUCUGCUGCAUUAUUGACUAAAAUGGAUAGACAGGAAGAAACUCAUGCAGCUGAUCCCGAUCAGCCUGAUGAAUAUGAUAAUCAGACGGUGGCCCUGACACAUCUUCCAGAUGUUUGCUUAGUGAAGAUAUUGUCCUAUCUAGAUCUUCCUGAUAGACUGAACGCUGCAUGUACAUCGAGCACAAUGCAUGACAUGUUCAACCAUCCAUCACUUUGGUACAAAGCUGUGAUUCUGAUCUUUGGGCGUAACAAGAAUGAAAAUGACAAAGAGAAGGCCAUAGAUCUUGCACUAAGGAAUAAAGCAAUGAUCGAAAAGUUUGGACAUUUCUUUCAAGAUCUAACUUUGGUGUAUUAUGGGCAUGUCAAGGAUCCCUAUCCAGUUGUGCAAGAUGUUUUAAAUGCCAUCUCAAAAUCAUGUAGACUAGAAUCAUUUACAUUGGAUGUUGGUGCACAUCUAACUGUCCAUGAAAUAAAGAGAAUGACAAAUCUAGGAGCUCGGAUUAUAAGUGACCAGUUUGAGCCAAUAAACAAUUUGAUCAGUACGCUAUAUCGCUUGCGUUCUUUCGCAGUAAAAUCGUGGCCUUAUUACCCAGGUGUACAGACAUUUAAUUUACUGACAUCCCUCUCCAGUAAUACCCAGAUUCAGAAUCUAGAAA